AUGCCUCUUUUAACCGAAAGAUCUGUCUCUCAAAUACUCUCUUCAAUUGCAAACAGUGACAGCAAAUUGAAGAAUAAUUGUGUGAUACCUAUUCACCACAGUUUGUUGGAUGUGUCAGUCAUAACACCCAAGAAAUCACUGGCCGAACGAAUUCCGGCAUUUGGUCUCUUGUGUGCCAUUCUUUCGGUCAUCUGUUGGUCAUUAAGUUCAUUGAUUGUCAAAGUGCUCACAGAUUUGCAUUCAAUUCAGAUAUUGGUUAUUAGAUCACUAUUUCAAUUGGUAUUCUAUGGAGUAUCCAUUGCUGUCAACAAAUAUCCAUUAUUUGGUGAACCGGGACAUCGCAUAGACUUACUAUUGCGAGCCGUCUCAGGAACGAUAGCCCUUUCAUCAGUAUUCAUGGCCUACCGAUUGAUGCCGUUUUCAGAC